GAUCCAACUUCAAUCUCAACUGUGAGAGAGAAACAGAGAGUCGAUAAUGGCUUCAAGCAGAAACCCAGAAAUCAGAAAAGACAGAAUACUAAACAGAUCUGUAAUAUUUUCUCCAGCUAGAGCUCGAAGACCAUCUGAUUUCAAAUCAAAAUCUCCAGCAAACCCUAACCCCAAUUCAUCAGAGUGUCCAUUCUGUAUUGGUCAUGAACACGAAUGUGCACCCGAGAUAUUCCGACUUCCGAAAGACACUUCUGAUUGGAAAGUAAGAGUUAUUGAGAACUUAUAUCCAGCACUCAAAAGAGAUUCUAAAAUAAUCGAAAAUGAAGAGGAAAACCCUAAAAAUGAUUCAAAUGUGGUGGUUACUGGGUUUGGAUUUCAUGAUGUAGUUAUUGAAUCUCCAAUUCAUUCAAUUCAUUUAUCUGAUUUAUCACCAUCGGGAAUUGGUGACGUUUUGAUUGCUUAUAAGCAGAGGAUUCAACAGCUCCAUCUUCAUCAGUCAAUUCAAUAUGUUCAGGUGUUUAAGAACCAUGGUGCAUCAGCUGGAGCAUCAAUGAGUCAUUCACACAGUCAGAUUAUGGGUCUUCCUAUUGUUCCACCCACAGUUUCUUCUCGGAUUAUUAGUAUGAAGGAGUAUUUUCAUGAGACAGGGAAAUGUGGUCUCUGUCAAGUUCGAUCUGAAGAGCUUUUGAUUGACGAAUCAACCCAUUUCUUUUCAGUUGUUCCUUUUGCACCUUCGUUUGCUUUUGAAAUUUGGAUCAUUCCGCAUGAUCAUUCUAUGCAUUUCCAUGCACUAGAUAAUGAGAAGGCUGUAGAUCUCGGGCAUCUUCUAAAGCUAAUGCUGUUGAAACUUUCACGGCAGCUAAAUGACCCACCAUUCAAUUUCAUGAUUCAUACUUCUCCAAAGGAUAUGGAGGCUUCACAAUUUCCCUACAUGCACUGGUUUCUACAGAUUGUUCCUCAACUCAGCGGGGUAGGUGGAUUUGAGAUUGGAACUGGUUGUUACAUAAAUCCUGUUUUCCCAGAAGAUGCUGCAAUGGUAUUGAGGGAAGUUAACGUUGUUCAAUGAAGUGAUGGCGUUGUUAUUGUUUCGAGAUGAAAAUCCCAUAUUGAAAAUGAAUGAACCUAAAGUAUCAAAUGAGGUAUUUAUGUUUGUCCAUUCUUUGUAUAAUCGAUGUGCUACUUAAGAUUCUGUUACGUCCGUGGAAAUCCUUACUGUGCAUAAUUGACAUCUUUCAAGAUAUGAAACAUAGGUAUCAUUAC